GACUAAACUUUAUCUAUGUUAGCUAGUUGCUAGCGACGCUAGUCAGCAUAGGCUGCUACGUGAUAAACAGUUCGCGUUAGCGAAUUAGCUACCUAGCUAGCCAGCCUAACAAGCUGUCAAAACCAGUGGAAACCGAUGCAACCCUGCUGCCAAAUAAGGGCUAGCUCGAUGACCCGUGGCAACAGUGAGGUCCCUAUGAGUUUCAAGGCUUUAAUAAGUGCUAUCGUGCAGAAAAAGCGAAUAAAAUACUGGUUGAUGAGCUAGCUAAGUUAGCUAGCAAGACGGAUAUGACCGUUAAAAGCGUGCAUGCACAAAUGCAUGACGACACAUGAAUAUGAAUAUAAGUGAGGCAGGCAUGCAGAACGAGAUCGCCCCACCAAGUCAGACAGUAGAGGGGUGCAACAACGCCGGUACACAGAGGCAUAGCUCAUACAAUUAUAUUUUGUCCGGGUCAAUGACUAUCCUUGUUGAAUAAUAAAUACCUGCGUCAAAUAUAUGGCAUCGCAUGCUAGUGCAAAGAUAGCUUGCAUGGAUUUUUUUUUAAAUCCGGUGACCACUAGAUGGCCUCGUAUACCCACAUUUAGAUCAACUAUACUUGAUUUUUCAUCAGUACUGUGAAUGACAAGCCCACUGAAUCUAGUUUAAUAAUCUUUGUACUCAGCAGGUAGAGGCCUAGGUACUUCAAAUCAGUGCUUAAUUUGAGCAGGAUCAUGCCAGAACAGGAUCCGGCACCGUUCCUACUGUUUUAUUCCGGAACCUAUUUGGCCGAAUCCAGGUACCUCUCGUGCCAUGAAAAAUCAUUUUCACUUUUUGCUAUGUAACAAUUAUAAUAAAAGCGAUCAAAGUUCAUUCGAGUUGCCUCUUCGUCAAUUAUCCUGCCCCCUCAUCUCUCCAGAGUUGCACUUCAUCAUUUGUUUCCUUAUAGAAUCAUAGCUGCAUGAAGGGUUCUGGAGGAAUUUUCUAAAGUUACGGAAUUACUGCUGUCUGUUCAGAAAUAAAUUAAAUCAUUCAGAAUAGCCUAAUACGUCAUGAGAAGCCCUAUAAUUUACAUACAGAAGACCAAUAGCUUCUUUUUAAAAUAGCCUAGCUGCGGAUUGUAACCCAAUAACAAAGAAUAGCCUACAGUCGGGAACGCGAGGCAAAUCUGUCAGUGAAAAAACAGCACGCAGACAAAACAGGCCUUUUGCAAUAUUUCAAAUACAAUCGAGGGAAAACACAGGUUGAAAAGCAAUGACUCUUGCUGAAAAGAUAAGACUAUGCUGUAGACUACCAAAAUAUUUGAUCAACUCCCAAACAUUGUUUUUACAAAACAGAGAGAGGGAGAGAUAGGCUUUUGACACGAGCGCAUCGACAAUCUCCAGCGAGUGAGCUGCGUAUCAUUGGGAUUACUUCCACGUGCAACUGUCAGACGACAAGUAGGUGAGGCACUUCCGGGAGCUGAGCUAUGCUGGUGCCAUCCUUCGGGACAGCUGGGUCCUGACAGACGUUGGCAUCACCCCUAGCAGUGCCAUCUGCUGCCUGCUGAAGCGGGAGCCGGUGGUGCGUGUGUUCAGUGCCGUGACGGGGGAGACCCUCUCAGUCUCGGGCACUGUGUUUCUCCUGAGUACGUCUGUGGCCAGGCUCAUGACCCUGGUGUCCCAGCAGUGUGGGCUUCCCGUCAGCUCCUUCAGACUGAGCUCUCCCACCGGCCUGCAACUCUACGACUGCAACCGGCUGCACGACUACGCCAUUGACCUGGGGGCUACUCUACGGUUGGACACCUGGGAUGGGUGGGCGGAGUUCCUCAGAGGCUGCUUCCUGGGACACAGACUGACCGUCCAACGACACCUGUCUAGGGAGAGACCUGUGAUGAGGUUCCAGCUCCGGGUGGCACUCUACAUCGCUGCUUCUCUGGGCCACCUGGACCUGGCCGGCUGGCUGCUGGAGAGGGGGGUGCGUGUCAUUGAGCCGGUGGGGGUUCACCCUUACCGUGAGUGGUGCCACCAGACGGCCCACCCCGACGUCACCAAGUGUCCCGCUGUCGCCUCCAUCGAGCGCGGCCAGCUCACCAUCCUCAAACUCUUCAUCGCCAGCAGCGUUCUGACCCUUGCCUGUCAGGAUCCCCAGGGUCGUGACCCCCUGAGGAUCGCCCUCCAGUACGGCCACAGAGAGUGUGUGCGUCACCUGGCCACCAAGCUGUGCUCUGUGGUGGUCCUCCCAGGUAUGGCCCUGCCCAUGCGGACAUACCUCCAGAUAAAGGGCUGGGUGAGGCUGGGGCAGAGGAGGGCAGCAUCCAGGCACUGCAUGGGCCUCAACACGGCUCCGUUCAGGACCAGGGUGGGCGACACGGCCCUGGUGGACGGCUUCACCCUCCCCAAGAUGUCCUCCAAGCCCAGGAGUGAGGCCAAGGCGGGUAUUAGGGUGAUGUCCACAGCCUCUCGACGUUUGACCCCCAUCAACUGCCCAUCUCAUGUAUCCUGCCCGCUCCGCUCCCUGGCAUCCCAGGAUAAACCUCUUCAACUACCGAAGCUACACCCUGUGGCCACGAGGGAUGAAAGAGAGAAGAAGAGGGGAUGUGGAGGAUGAGAGUGGGGAUCAGAACAGCAACCAAUGGAGGAGCAGAGUCCCGCUCCCACCCAUUUCCAGAGACACCAAUCUCAGACCUGUGUUUGCCUCGCCAAACUCCGCCCAGAUACUCACCACCUCACUGGAGGCCUUUUCUCUCCACUGCGACCGCACACCCAGAGAAAACGCCAUAUACUGUUUGGCCUUGGCCAGGUUAGUCCAAGUUUAAAUGACAGCUACGGUGAAUAUGAAUAUUUCUCUGGAGGUUUCUUAUGAAAGGUGUGAAUACUGUCAGAAGAAGCCUCCUAUAAUCAGUGGUGGUGGGAACACAUGUAAAAGCUGUUUACACACUUUUUAUUUUAUUUUGUUCAAGCAUUUACCCACCUUUUGUGGAAGAUGCAUUGAAAGUAGAGGGAGCGUUACUUCUUUAAUCCUGAACGGCAAUCAGCAUUUACCAGUCAAUGGUUUUACCACUACAUCACUGCCUAUGAUAUACCCUUGACCUCCCUGAAUAGAUUUCAGUACAAACAAAUCAUGAGCCAACCAUCAUGCUUAGAAGGUACAUAGUCAAAUCAAAUCAAACUUUAUUUGUCACAUGCGCUGAAUACAACAAGUGUAGAUCUUUCCGUGAAAUACUUUACUUACAAG